AAUAAUUUUAAAAAAAAUCUCAAAUCAGAGAAACUGUGGGAGCCUCUGUCGGUCUUCGCUCUCCUCUGGCACACCCCAGACCCCUCACCUUUUUCCCUUUCUACUCUCUCUCUCUCUCUCUCUCUCUCUCUCUCUCUUUCUCUCUCUAGCUGUGCUGUUAACCUGUUAGCCUGUUGCCCAAUACCCAAGCCUCUUUUCUCUCUCCGAUUUUUUGAUUUCAUUAUUUUUCACUUCACUUUUUUAUGAUUCUUUGUUGGCUCUCUUUUUUCUCUAUAAAUCUGGUGGAAGCCAUUCCUUAUUAAACCUUCUUCCCUUCCCUUUCCUUUUCUGUCUCUUCCCCUACCUCUCGCCUAAUUUUGUUUCCGUUUUCCUUCUACUAUGAAAACUCUGUAGCAAUAUAUAUAGAUUUCUCUACAGAAGAAGCCUAGCAGCUAAGCUCUACACUCAAACUUAAAGGUUUUACGUUGUCGUCUCAAAGCGUGGAAAAAUAAUGAAUCACUGUGCGAUUCAGCAAGGCAACGCCCUCUCUGCUUGCGAAGAGAUGCGGACUUGUUCAAGAGACUCAGUCGUUUGUCCCAAACCUCGCCGUUUUGGCCUCCUCAACGCCACUCAUCACGAUCCCGUCAGAUCUCUCAGAUGGCAGCUUGGCCACCAAGCGGAGCUCUAUGAUUCAAAAGCAGGGUCUGAUAUUUUGGACAACCUCCUCACCAAGGGUUCUUUUGGUGUUGAACAAUUUUCAUGUACAGAAAUAGCCUCGCCGCACCCAUUUUUCAGCGGGUCGCCGCCGAGCAGAGUAGCUAACCCAUUAAUUCAGGACGCCCGAUUUGGGGAUGAGAAGCUCACCCCAUCCUCGCCACUGUCACCAACCCCUCACCCGUCGGGCCUAUCCUCGUCUCCAACAACUUCUGCAAGGAAAGGAAGCUUUGUUCGGGCCAGUUUUGGGAGCAAACCAGCAGUGAGGGUGGAGGGGUUUGAUUGCCUGGACAGGGAUCGACGUAAUUGCAGCAUCCCUACCCUGGCAUAGAGCCUAAUUCAAUCAAUGAAGGUAAAUAGCAAAAGCUUUAGCUAAAGUUUUCUAUCGACAGCCACGAUACUUGAUAGCAUGAGAGGAAAUUUUGAAAUUUUCGGCCAGCGAACUAUGGAGAUCCUUCUGCCUUGUGUGUAAAUAUGUUUGAGGGAUUUUUGUAAAUGAAAUGUCAGUGUCAUGUAAGUAAAUGAGAUGUUAACCAAAUAAUAAAAGGGGGUGGGAUUUGGUUGAGAAUAGUCUUGUCUGUGUUCUUCUACCGCACCACCUCUUGGGUUGUAAAAAAGUAAGAGAGUCUAGUGUUGGAAAAUUUUCAUUCUGUUUCCAUUUGAGGUGUUUUGGAGUUUCAAUGAGCGGCUUAUGAAGCGAAUCUGUACAAAUUGAAGUUGCCGUUGAGUCGAUCUAAACUGUCAUUUACGGUGUAUAUAUUCCAUUUGUGUUUCAGUUCA